GAGCAGGGACGCCGUGAUGGAGCAGAGCAGCACGGACUUGGUCUGUACCGACGACACUAAACAUGGGAAAGACACGACGCCAGCCUACGGCGGGUCGAGAGUACGGGACUGCGGGACCCGGGAGGACGGUGGACAGCUCGCAGGAGACAUGACUGAGGCAGAGCGAAGCGCAGGCCCGACGCACACGCACGCCGCCACAGCAGGCCGCUGCAAAGAGAGGGACACGCUUCACCCCUCUUCCACUGAAGACACCAUGUGCUUGAGGGACUGAGGACCAUCUGUGCAUUACAGCCACCAGGCCGACAGGACUGCUCUCUGCUGGAGGAACACUGGACAUUUAAAUAGAGGAAAGUUUGACUUUGCUAAGAAGAAAGUGGUACGAUGUCUGGAAGUUUUUAUUUUGUCAUGGUCGGUCAUCAGGACAACCCUGUGUUUGAGAUGGAGUUCUUGCCGGCAGGGAAAGCUGAAUCAAAGGAUGACCAUCGUCACCUGAAUCAGUUCAUUGCGCACGCAGCCCUGGAUCUGGUGGAUGAGAACAUGUGGCUGUCCAACAACAUGUACUUGAAAACUGUGGACAAGUUCAACGAGUGGUUUGUUUCUGCCUUUGUCACUGCAGGACAUAUAAGAUUCAUCAUGCUGCAUGAUGUGCGACAAGAAGAUGGAAUCAAAAACUUUUUUAAUGAUGUGUAUGAUUUAUACAUAAAGUUUGCAAUGAAUCCCUUCUAUGAAAUCAAUGCACCAAUCCGCUCAACAGCUUUUGAGAGGAAAGUACAGUUUCUUGGAAAGAAACAUCUCCUGAGUUAAUCACUUCACCUGCACAAGGAUUUUAUUGCAUCUUGUCUAUUUGCUGUGUAUAUAUACCUAUCACACACGUGUGACGUCUGUCUUUUCCUGUUAAAUGUAUUCAAUGCAGAUUUUCUAUAAAACAUUUUCUUCCUGAUGUUUAA